AGUGCAUUCAGUUAGCGAGUGGAGUUAGCUGUCUGACUAGUCUGGUCUGUCAUCAUGGCUGUCGUGCAGAAUAUCCUCAUCCUGCUGCUGGCCAUAUCCGGGGCGCAUUCGUUGGUUCACUACCAGAAAUAUCCUGGCGAUGAGAAAACACAGAGCUGCAAAACCCCAGGUACUAGUACUAAAGUGGGAGAAUACUCGCAGCACAAAGACUAUUGUGGUGUCAUAUACUGCCAUACCGCUGAUGGUGAUGCCCUGAUUCACUAUUGCCAGAUUCCAGCCACGUUCGAAAAGUGUGAAGAUAGUGGCGUAAACACGGCCGAUGAUUUUCCCCGCUGUUGUUGGAAAUGUGUCAAGUAUACAACAUGCUAGAGCUUCGGCUAACGUUACUUGGCGAUCUAUCCAUCAAGUUAUCUAUCUAUCUGUACAGUACAUUAUGAAAAAAGGGCAAAACUGUUUAGAAGACAAUAAAGUAAAGUGGAGUAAAAAAGAUUAAAACCAAUUGGCUAUAA